AUGCGCCUUAAUCCCUCCUUUUUCGGUUCGAAAAGCCGACAGCCUUCCAGUGCCCCAUUCCACUCACGACCUUCCCUUUCCACUCUGCACGCCACUUGGCUUUGCCUGCCGCUUCCAUGCCUCCCCACCCACACAAUUCGCCUGCAAGGUUUUUACUUCUUUCUUUUAUUAUCUAGAUUUUUUAAUUUUCGCAUAUCGUUUUCUUCUUCCGUUCUUUCUUUCUUUCUUUCUUUCUUUCUUUCUUUCUUUCUUUCUUUCUGUUCCUUUUACACCCAUAAAAUCUUUCUUUCUUUCUUUCUUUCUUUCUUUCUUUCUUUCUUUCUUUCUUUCUUAUCCCCCAAAUCUUUCUUUCUUUUCCUUUUACCCCCCAAUCAAUCUUUUUUCUUUCUUUCUUUCUUUCUUUCUUUUCCCCCAAAUCUUUUUUCUUUCUUUCCCCCAAAAUCAAUCAAUCUUUCUUUCUUUCUUUCUUUCUUUCUUUCUUUCUUUCUUUCUUUCUUAUCCCCCAAAUCUUUCUUUCUUUCUUUCUGUUCCUUUUUCACCCCCAAAAUCAAUCAGUCUUUCUUUCUUUCUUUCUUUCUUUCUUUCUUUCUUUCUAAUAGCUUUACAUUUGAUGCCCAAAAAUCGUUAAAAGCUAUAAUAUCCCACCACCACCACCACCACUUCCGUCUCUUUUCCCUUCUUCUUCUUCUUCUUCUUCUUCUUCUUCUUCUUUAUAUAUCUACUUUUAUUCUCUCUUUUUCUCCUCAUCUUUCUUUUUCUUUUUGUCACUCUAUUUCUUCUUCAUCUUUCUUCUUUUUAGCAAAAGUCUUUUUCAUAUUUCGCACCUCAAACUUUUUUUUUAAAUUUUCAUUAUUAAUGCCAUCUUUCUUUUCUUUUUUCCCUACUCUCCUCCUCUUCUUCUUCUUCUUCUCGAACUUUCUUCCCCUUUUCUUUUCUUUUUCGUUUUCUUCUUUCCACCUUUUUCUUUCCAAGCAUUAUUAUUGUAAUUCUUUAUCUUUCCUUUUUUAUUUUUCAUUUGCUUUUCUCUCUUUUUCAUUUCCUUCGCCUUCUAAUUAUCACUCUUUCUUUCUUUUUCCUCUUCUUUUUUCACCCUCUUUUAUCUGUACUUUUUAUUAUUAUUAUUAUUAUUAUUUAUUUUUCUUCUUAGACUUAUUCCUUUUUCAACGUUUUUUACUUCUUUCCUCCUUUUUAUUUCUUUCUUCUUCCACUUCUUCUCCUUCUUCUUCUUCCUCUUCUCCUUCUUCUUCUUCUUACUCUUUUACUCCUUUCUCUUUUAUUUUAUUCCUCUCCUCUUCUUUACUUUUCUUUCUCCUCUUUUUUCUUCUUCUCCUUUUUUAUACUUUCAUUUUCUCCUCCUACUCCUCCUUCUUCUUCUAUGUUUCUUUUUUCUUAUUCAUUAUUUUACUUCUUUUAUUUCUUCUUUGCUUUAUAUUUUUAUUCAUACUCUUUCUGAUUUUUCCUUCUUUUCCUUACGACUCUUUCUUUUAUCUUCUCUUUUCUCCCGUACUUCUCUGCCUCCUCUUCUUAACCUUUUUUCUUCUCCUUUUUUUACGCUGA